AUGGCAUCUUCAGCAGCCUUGCGGCUAAACAAUCUUCGAAGACACUUGGAUUUGGAUGACACUGCCAACAAGGCUGCAGGAGUCAAUCCCGUUGGAGCGUCAAUCAACGUGAAGGUAGCUCCAGAGGUUUCUGAAGCGUUAUCACUAGGGCAUGCAGUUGUUGCUCUGGAAUCUACCAUUAUUUCACAUGGGAUGCCGUAUCCCCAAAAUUUGGAAACUGCAAAAGCGGUUGAAGCUGUUGUGAGAGAGAAUGGUGCGGUUCCUGCAACUAUUGCAAUUUUAGACGGUGUGCCUCGCAUAGGUCUAAGUGGGGAAGAACUUGAAAGGUUAGCUACUUUGGGAACCAAAGCACAGAAAACAGCUCGAAGGGAUAUUGCAUAUGUUGUGGCUAGAGGUGGAAAUGGUGCUACUACUGUUUCUGGCACAAUGUUCUUGGCUUCUAUGGUUGGUAUUCAUAUCUUUGUGACUGGUGGGAUGGGGGGAGUGCACAGGCAAGGGGAAUAUACUAUGGACAUAUCUUCAGAUCUCACCCAUCUUGGAAGAACACCAAUAGCAGUUAUAUGUGCUGGUGUAAAGUCAAUAUUGGAUAUCCCUAGGACCCUUGAAUAUCUGGAAACACAGGGAGUUUGUGUAGCUGCUUACAAGACCAAUGAAUUUCCUGCCUUUUUCACAGCAUCAAGCGGCUGCAUGGUUCCAUGCCGGGUAGAUACCCCUGAAGAAUGUGCUUCCUUAAUAGAAGCAAACAUCAAACUCAAGCUUGGAUCCGGAAUUUUGAUAGGAGUUCCUAUUCCUCAAGAGCACUCAACAUCUGGACAUAUAAUUGAAUCUGCCAUCAGUAAAGCCAUUAAAGAAACAAAGGAAAAUAAUAUAUCAGGAAACGCCAUAACUCCUUUCUUGCUCGAUAGAGUAAAUGCACUCACCGGAGGUGUCUCGCUUGCUUCAAACAUUGCUCUUGUGAAGAAUAAUGCCCAACUCGGGGCUAAAGUCGCCGUUGCCCUUGCUCAGCUAAGAGAAAACAGUCAAAGGAAACAAGAGACAGAAUAG